UACCAUCAAUUGAACCAUUAUACACCAGUAGCAUUUUCAAUAAAGCAAAGUGGACCCCUUUAAUGUCUUCCUUUUUUGGAUAUAAUAUACUAAUAUUCAUAUGUUCCUAUCAUUUGGACCUUUUCUUCACUAUUCUACUGUCCACAGUUACAAAAUAUGACCUGCUUAGACUCACAGUCAAGACCCCCAUCUUGUUUUCUUGCCUGAAAAAGAAUUUGUGUAAUAUAUUUGCAGAGCACUGUUGGUCCUAUGCGGUGUCUGAUAACUUUCCAAGCCCAAGCCCUUUUCAAACAGUCUAAAGAAGAAUAGCGUGAAGUUAUACCUGAAACAUUUACAAUGAGUAACAGCUUGUUGCAUACCCAUUAUGCAAGUGGCGGAAUCCCAUCCGAGAUUGCUGAGAAUUUAAAAGAUUUUUUCCCGGAGGAUGGCGAUUUGAGUUAUGAAGAAGUUCUUUUGCAACAGGAAACUGUUUACUUGUCAUUUCAAGCAAAUGGGAAAAACAAGAAUAUGAGCUCUGAAUAUGGCCAAACCAGUAGUGGGCAUCAGUUAUCAGCACAAAAGGGUGAUUCUUCUCAAAGCCGUGAAUCACAAUUGGCUCUGGACGAAGCUUUAGCUAGAUCAUUGCAGUUAGGGGAUGACUUUGAGGAUUUCUGUAGAGAUGAGCUUAGCUCUACUGUGGCUGGCAUCAGGGAAUCCCCUCCUAGAGAAUCAUCUCCAGUUAGGGCUGAGAAUCCAAACACGAGGAGACAAGAUGAUAUUGAUCCAGAUAGUAUGACCUAUGAGGAAUUGCAAUCUUUAGGAGAAGCUGUUGGCCAGCAGAGCAGAGGGCUUUCACAAGACCUCAUGCGCCGUUUACCAACUUUCAAAUACAAGACUGGAUUCUUCUCAAAGAAAAAGAAAAUGGGAGAGUGUGUUAUAUGUUAUGCUGCAUACAGAAGUGGAGAUAUGUUGACCACUUUACCUUGUGCACACAUGUUUCAUUCAGAAUGUAUUAACCGCUGGCUAAAAGAAAGAAAGUGUAUGUGUCACAGAACUGCCCACUCUGUUAUGAAGAGGUGAAAGAUGAAUGACUUUGCAAAUGCAACAUCCCAUGGAAAGGAUGAAGCCUUGGACCUGCCUUCAAAUUCGCUAUAUUUUUAAACAUGUAGAGAGAAGUAGCCCCGUUAAAAGACAUAUUUGGUUUGUAGAUAGCGUCUCCCAAUAUUUGACAUUCUGAACGUAUCCUGCGUUCAUAUGCAUUAUGGCUUUUCUUCUUCUUCUUAAUGAAAUGUGAUUUGGAAAUUUAUGGA